GUUUGACAUGACACAACUUCGUUUAAAUUAGCGAAUUCUCCCAGCCAGCGAAAAUAAACAAUAAACCUGUUUGACAUUUGAGAAAAUCCCGCUGUCUUCCAAACUCGUCAAUUUCCGAUCGAUUUUCGAAUAGUUUUUGCCAAAAAUAUCAUCGUUGCGUGCCAGAAUUGCCGUGAAUAGAGUUCUGUCGCCCCAUAAGUACAAUUUCUUUAAAGUAGUGGGUUCAUAUCGAAAGCAAAUCUGUGAUCGAUUGAAAAAGUUGUCAUGAGAGAAGUUCUAUAAGGAGUGUCUAAGCGAUUGGACCUGUUUUCAGAGCAGUGGUUUGGAAAUGGAUAAAGAAAAUGGGAAGAAUAGCGAAAAUAACACAGGGACAAGCAAAUUAUCAAACUCGCAAGAUGCCGCUUCUCUUCUGGAUGCUGCCAGCCUUUUUGGAGCGUACUGGCCGCGCGGCGAUUCCGCCUCAGCCGCGAACGCCGCCAACCUGUUCGCCGCAGCGGCUGCGGCCGGCGCUGGCGGCUUCGGCAUGCCGCCCCAUCCCGGCCUACCGUUCGGCAUGGCGGCCGCUCAAGCGGCAGCAGCGGCGGCCGCGGCGGCUUCAACCGGCGGACGCACCGGGGGCGGCGGAUCGGCGUCCGCUCACCAAGGGUAUCCGCCAACGUCCAGCGCCCAGCAGGCCCAGGCGGCGGCGGCUGCACAAGCCGCGUACAACACAGCUGCGUACAGCAAUACGCUGUCAGUAGCCGCUAGUCAGGCGGCUAGCCUUGGGAUACCUGCAGCCAGUGCAGCCUGGUGGUCGAUGGCUUCCCACUUGGCUGCCCAGGACUACUUGGCCCGUUUGCAAGCGUCCGGUCUGAAUUUUCCGGGUUUGGGAAACCCCGCAGAGUUGCAGUAUUCAGCGCUUGGAUUGCCAUCUCCUCUCGCUUCUUUACACAAUAAAUCUUCCUCUAGUUCUAAAGGCGGCAAAGGAUCUGCUCUCUCUUCUUCCUUAUCCAGGUCGUCGAGCAACUCCAAAUCUUCCCUGACCUCCCACUCGAGCAAGUCGGACGUGAACGGGCGGUCUUCCAGUGAUAAGGGCAGCCACCGCCCUCCCACUUCAUCCCCCCAACUGAAGUACGGCGCCCCGUCGGUGCCCGGCUUGACGAUUCAGCCUGCGCAAGCGGUGUCUGUCGGCGAGAGACAGCGCGGGCAGAAAGGGGGCGAAGCUGCGUACUCCCCAGUCAGCUCUGGGGCGGCGGUUCCGCAGGCGACGACGCCCGUCAAGAGUAAGACGAAUACCUCGAAUAACUCCAGUGGCGGUACCGUGAAAGUAUCUUCACCUUCACCAAGCAUCUUCACGAGUCCAUUAAGCUUAGCUAGCAAUAAUAGCGGAUCUGAACGCAGUACCCCCACCGGCGGGAUUAAUAGUACUACCAUUGCCAGUUUACCUUCUAGUAUUUUAAGUGCCGCUUUAGAAGGCAACAGCGAUCCUAAUUCAAUUUUGGGCGGUGUUAGGUUGCCACCCGACACGGAGAUCAUCAAGUAUACGUCCUCGAUAGUGGGCCCCAAAAUCCCCGGGACCACCAACCGCGGCAGGAAGAAGACAAUUUCUUUGGAUCCGCCAUCGGUCAGUCUCCAUCCGUCGCAUUCCAGCACUGGGCUGUUAAUAGAGAGGGCCACGAAGAGGCCGAAACUAAGUGAACAAGAGCUCUCUCCGCCAUCCACUCCCUCUUCGGCUGACAGAGUGGAUGUGAUCAAACUGCCUGCGUCUGCUGCCAACGGAGGCGGCAGCGCAUCGCCCGCCCCACCUCCCUAUCCCGACCAUUUAGGAGGUGGGCUCGGCGAGGCACCGCUGAAUCUCUCUCUGAAGCCCAGUCCCGCCUCCACGACGAGUGGCAGUGGGGUGAGCAGUACCGGAGGUGUUAGCUCGUCACUUGCCUCGCUCUCCAAUAUGUCGGCGAGUAUUGGGAGUACUACGACUGAUCGAAUAUCCCGCCGCAAACCAGGCCCGAAACCCCGCCGAGUACCCCAACCUCAACAGCACCACUCCUCCGCACCGGCGGCCACUCAACAAUUACCACCCUCUGCCCUCCCUAGCUCUUCCCUAGCGCAGCUGUUCAACGCAGCUGCAGCAGCGGCAGCCGCAGCCGAAAGCCCCCGGCCCCCUAGCAGAGGCUCGGAUGGAGGUAGCUCCACUUCGUCGGUGUCAGGCGUAGGGGGGCAGCAGCAGGUCACAGGGGGCGCGAUGUCAUCGGCUAGCAGUGGGGCGCAGCCUGCUCAAGCGCAUCAGCAGCACCAUCACAAGGACGGCAGGCCGAGGAACCUGGGUAGGGGCGUGAGCAAGCCUAAGAAAAAUACGGUGGCGUCACUGUUAGCGCAAAGCAGGGCAUUGGGUAUCAAACCGGUACCGAUCCUAGACCCGAACGUCUCCAUGGCCCAGCAGAUGAACAUGCUGAAAUCGAACAUCCUUGCAGCGCAGCAGUACAUCUCGGAAGCGGGUGGUGACGAAAAGGCCUUAAAUAAAUUCUUACAGGAAAAGCUGAGGGGCACCCUUAGCGAUUCUAGUACGGUAGACGCGACAUCAGAUUCCGAUAACUUAACUGAUUCUAAUCAUACUGAUUCAGAGAUGGAGCAGGACGCAGUGGCGGCCAAGAAGCAGAAACAGUACGACGAGAGGUUGCUACGGGUACCACUCGAAAAAGGUUGGAAGAGAGAGACGAUAAUUCGUGGCCUAACGAAGAACGGAGGCAUCAAGGGAGACGUAACCUAUAGUGCGCCAGAUUCGACAAAUAAAUUCAAACAGAUGUCUGACGUGACACAGUACCUCGAAUACCAGAAAUCAACCGACUUGUCACGGGACAACUUCACAUUCAGCUGCAGGGUCAUCCUGGGAGAUUACCUGCAGUUGCUUCCAGUAGAGAUGCAGACUGACGGUAACGAGUUUAUACGCUUAACUGAGGAAGAUGUAUUUAAAAGACUGGAAGAAUUAAAGUCUGCCAUGCGUACCAGCCUGCCAUUAGAACAACGAAUAGAAAUGGCCAGAAAACAACAAGCUGCUAGAGCGGCAGCUAGAUUGGAUAGAGAACAGGCCCGAAUAACAAAAGAACUGGAGAGGAGUGAGAGGCAAGAACAAGCUAGAAGAGAGAAGGAGGCCAGGGCACAGCAAAUGUUGGAGGCUAAAAGAAAGCGACAGGAGGAAAUGGAGAAACAAAAACACGAAGAGCAACAACGAAAACAACAGGAGAGAGAACUGAAAAGACAACAAGCAGCAAUUCUGAAAGAACAGAUGUACAUACAGGAGAUCAGUAAACAGCGAGAAAUGCUCUACACUGUUGAGUUGGAGAGGGAACGUCGUAGACAGCAUAUGGCGCUAGUAAAAUCGCUGGAGAGUCGCAGAAAGAUCGAAGAACGUGAAAGGAAAAAACAACAGCUGUUAGCAGAAAAACAAGCGAAUAAAGAGAAAAAGCUGGAACAAAGAAAGGUGGAGAUGGAGAUAUUAGCAGAAAUACGAAAACCUGUUGAAGACUUGGAAUUGGAACAGAACGAUCUACCAGAAUAUGAACGAAUACCCGGCCUGAAGAUGUCUGGCAAAGCGUUUGCAGACACUCUUAUGGUCUUCGAAUUCCUCCACAACUUCGGCGAAACCCUCGGCUUUGACAUGGAAUCUCUUCCGACUUUAGACUCUCUGCAACAGGCCGUGCUCUCUACCGACCAUUCAACCGAGGCUGAGGAGGAGCUGUUCUCCAUAAUGACCCAUUUGCUGGUUUGUGCCAUUGAAGAUCCGGGAAUACCAAACCCGGGCAGAUACACCACCAUACUGGGGCAGAGUCUCAGGCAGGCCGAUAUCACGCCGGCGAACAUAUCGGAGAUACUGAGGAUUUUUAUGUACGCGAACGCUACGGGAGAAGUGAAGGCUCUUACAGGCGUUCACUUCGAGCGUGACAGGGAGAAACGCAUCGCGGACCACCAUCAGAACGAUGAAGAGAUGCUGCAAACCCAAAGCGGUAAAAACGCCCAGUAUUACGAGUUGCUCCAUAGUAACCACACCUACAAGUUGUCAGACUUAUUAAAAGACAAACCUUUCUUAGCUCUCUCGCCUACGAACAAAGCGGAAAUUCUGGCGUACAUUUGCAACGAGCUGCUGCAGAACAAGGCGGUGGUGAGGCAGAUCGAAAGCUCGCUCGAAAGCGUCGCGCACCUGAAGAAGGACAAGUGGCUGUUGGAUAUGAAGAUUAGGAAACUAAAAAUGUUGCACAACCGUAAAAUCCGAUCCGAAGCAAUGGAAAAAAUGCAGAACAAGACUGACGGAGACACCGAUUCGGUCGUGGACUCACCUUCAUUACACAAAGACGAUCUUUUGGACGAAGAAGAUAAUGACAUGAGUGAAAACGAAAGCGUUGGUACGCAGCCUGAAGAAGAAGAAGAUAAUAAGCUGUCUGGUGAAGAGUUAGGCAAGAAACUGGAGAAGCUCAUCAAGCAGUCCGAAAUUCAGCUGCAGACGUUGAACGUGUCUACGUCGCAGUUGAGAGCUACUUGCUUUGGACAGGACAGAUACUUCCGACGCUACUGGUCGAUACCAAAGGCGGGCGGCAUCUUCGUCGAGGCUAUGGAAUCCGCGGACCCGGAGGAGCUGGAGCGUCAACAGAGGCCCCAUGAUGAAGAGGACACUAACGUUAACGGUAACAACCCCACCACCACCAACGAGAAAAUAAAGUGCCUAAACGACCUUGACACCAUCAUGCAGACCGUUGAGAAAAUAAAUGACAUUAGCGUUGAUAAAGAGGUUAGCAAUAUCGUAGGUACACACGAAGCCGAUGACGAGGAGGACAAUAAGAAUGAAAAUGAUGGCGAAAGUGAGCAUAGGAAGACGCCCAACAGAUCGGAGGAGGAAGAGGUCAUCCAGAAUGGGGAAAUAUUAGAUAAAAACGAAAGGAAUCUGGCUGAGCUGAAGAAGAGCGUUGAUGAUAUAGUACAAAAUUUGGAACGGAAUAUAGAGCUGGAGAAAGAACAGAAAAUCAAGCAACAUCUUGAGUCGUCACCCAGCACUGAAAAUCACAUAAAUGACGUCAGUAAUGUCAGUAUUAAACGGGAUCCCGAUACAGAACCGUUCGGUAGCAGGAAAUUCAACCUAUUUGAAAGAUUAGGACAAUGCAUGGAACGGGAGAAUAAAAGCGAAGAAGAUUUCAAGUGUGAGGUCAAGGCUGAGGUCAAGGAGGAACUCAAAAAUGAGAUUCUCAAUGAGUUGAAGUCUGAGAUUAAGGCAGAGUUGAAACAGGAACACCACGAAGAAGACGCCGAACACAAAUGGUUCGGCAUCCUGAACCGCGACUGCGCGAGUUGCGACGGCGGCGUGCUGCUAUCAACCGGCUCGAGAUGGGACGCUCCCGGAUCGGGAACCGAACUCCGGAUUCCGGUGUUCCCGCCGCCAGGUGCGAACGGCGCCACGAUGGGAAUGUCGGCGGCCGCAGCCGCCAUGGCCGUCGCGGCAGCUGCGUCGCAAGCUACGUGCGAGAGCCCGGCACCGUUGCAGAUGAGCGCCGAAGAGGGGGCGCAGCUGGAGUAUAUCAAGAGGCAUGGCAUGCCGGCGGCUGGGUCCAAGAAGAGUGUACCCGAGGAGAUGAGAUACGGUUGGUGGCGUAUAACAGAUAUCGCCCUCCUCAGUAGAGUCUUAGACAGUCUGCACGUGCGCGGCGUACGUGAACGCGAACUGAAACGCAACAUCAUCAGUCUUAUGCAAACUAUGUACGAACGCCAAGGCAACCUGGUCAUAGAGGAGGGUAACAAGGAGUUGACAUCGUUGGUGGGCAGUACCGGGGAAUCCCAGGGAGAGGAAGUCGCUGUUAGAAGGGUGCACGGUGCUCCGGCACCAGAUGAACCUGGAGCUUGGAGUCAAACUGUCGCGCAGAGGGUUGAUAUGUUCCUUAUGGAGCAGGUGGAGGCUUUGGAGGAUAAGGUGGCAAAUGCGAGUAUGCAAGUGAAAGGUUGGAAACUGCCUAGCAGAGAUGUGCAAGAAAUACCAUAUCGUCAAAUAGUGGAGGCUGCAAAAGACAGAUUGUCGUCAUUGGAACAGAAUAUUGAAAGGCGUUAUUUAAAGCCACCCUUGGGAGUCAACACUGGCGACCCGAACUUGGUAGCGAUGGCUCACGAAGCAGCCGCCGCAGCCGCUUCGACGCCUUCUGCUGCAGUGAGCAGUGGCGGCGCCUCAUCCGUGGGGCCUUCCACAUCCCCUUGCCCUACGUCGUCCGGAUGCUCGACAACCCCUGCGGGAGGUCCGCCCUCCCCCGACGACCUUCCUAAGGGGCUGGUGGUGUGGCGCGAGGCCUUGCAACGCUGUUCUACAUCAGCGCAGCUUGCCAUGUGCUUAUACUCGCUGGAAUCCUCCAUAGCUUGGGAUAAGAGUAUUAUGAAAGCGAAUUGUCAAUUUUGCCAUAGUGGUGACAACGAAGAUAAGUUAUUACUUUGUGAUGGUUGUGAUAAGGGUUACCACACCUACUGCUUCAAGCCCAAAAUGGAGAACAUUCCUGAAGGCGACUGGUACUGCCACGAAUGCAUGAACAAAGCAACAGGCGAACGCAACUGCAUCGUAUGCGGCCGCCGUUCCUCUCAAACCGGCGCUCGUUUAGUGCUAUGCGACCUCUGCCCUCGUGCGUAUCACACCGACUGUGCCCGCCCCCCGAUGCAGAAACCGCCGCGCGGCAAGUGGUACUGCGCGAACUGUUUCUCAAAGAAGCCGCACCGGAAGCCGACAGUCAAGAAGAACAACCAGCAUCGGACUAGUGGAGGAGGCAGUGCAGGUGCGCCAUCCUGUAGCACGCCGGUUCCGUCGAAGGAUGGUGGUGCAGGAGGCGGGCACUUGCAGCAGCAACAACAACCGCCGCCUCCACCUCAGCAAGGUCAACAUCAAAGGUCGGAGUCGGAGAGUGGAGGGGAUCAAGGACCGUCCAGUCCGGCGCCGUCUCAUAGCUCCUUCACUACGAACGAAGACCAGCCGUCCAUCUGUGCUCAGAGCGACAUCUCCAAUUCUUCCCUCACCGGAUCGCCCUCUACCGGCGGCUGUUCGAACGCUGCCAAGAAAGAAAAAGCCGCAAACAAACGGUUGAUAAAGGAGCUGGCACCGUGCAAGGCGUUGCUCGAGGACCUCGAAUGUCACGACGACGCGUGGCCGUUCUUGUUGCCGGUCAACACGAAGCAGUUCCCCACUUACAAGAAGAUCAUUAAGGUGCCUAUGGAUCUGUCUACAAUCAAGAAGAGGCUGCAGGAUUUAUACUACAAAUCUCGCGACGAGUUCUGUGCGGACGUGCGUCAGAUCUUCAACAACUGCGAAACGUUCAACGAGGAUGACAGUCCUGUCGGUAAAGCAGGGCACUGCAUGCGACAGUUCUUCGAGGCGCGCUGGAGCGAGAUCUCGACAGUACCACACAGUUGAGGGCAACUGAUCUGCCCAAGGGGGCCCCAUCAUCGCAGAAAGAAACCAGCUUUUGAUGUUACGGGCGGUGAGACGCGGUAGAUUGAUGCGCGAAAACGCGGUGAUGAUGACACGGAUAAGGACGUUUUCGAUGGUUUUUCAGAUUUUUUUACGAUGUGUAAUUCGAUAUCAUGUCAAAUUGCACAGCACGUUUUAGGUGUCUACGUUCAUGGAUACUUUGUGGUUAUGUUGCGCCAACGACUGUUCAAUAAGUACAAAAUCGGCUGCAUUGUUCAAUGGGGAGUGAUCUAUUGUUAGGUUAUGUUUUCUUUUUGAAUCUUAAGAAAUUUUAGGCUGAUAAAAAUCCAGUUUUAUCAGCCUGAAAUUUCUUACAAUUCAAAAAACCAUAACCUCAAAAUAGAAUGCUGACACGAAACAGUAAAAAUACCACAGCCUUUCCGAAGGAAAGGAAAAACUAUGAAAAUCAAGAAAGCUAUAAAGGUGUUCUACAAUAAUUGUAGGAACGAUUGACGAUACGGCCCUAAGGGUCUAGACUCUAGACGAAGAUGUCAAUUGCUGAUCAGCUGUUCACCUCGGUAGAGAAGCCAAACGUGUUGAAGUAUCGUGAAAUAUAUCAAAUUUAUCUUUUUCCCAUCUACUUUAAAGGCUGGCGUGGUGGGUCUACAGAAAUAAAGCAUGAAAUUACAGUUAUGUUUAUUUAUCUGUCCAUAAAGACGUGUAAUGCUGUUCUAUUUGUAUAAUUGCACAACAGGAAUGCCAUUUACCUAACUUGACACUGAACCACGGCGUUUUCAGCGUCGGCUUGGUAUUUCAUAGACACCUAGAGACGUCAUAAUAAUUCGCCAAAAGCAUUGAAUAAUUUAUUUUGAAAAUUUUUUUUUAAGCGCAAGAUGCCUUCGUGUAACGUCGCCAGCUUAAUGCUAAUAUCUUUAACAAUACACAUUUAAACAAAGAUUGAUGAUCAGCUGUGUUUACCUCACUAGACGCUAACACGUGUUGAAGUAUCUUGAAAUAUAUCAAAUAUGUAUUUUUCACCUCUACUUUUGACAGUUUGACCUCCAACACGCUAACCCGCCUAGCGGGAGCAAAAUUGGGCAUCGCUAGCAUUUGUAGCUGGCAUGCAUGGUUCUACAGAAAUGGAGCAACUAAAAAUGUAUUGUCGUCAAGAAAAUAACAGUUAUAUUAGUGCCCUUAAUUAUUUAUUGGUCUACAAAGACGUGUUAGUGCCAUUGUUUUCACAUAAUUUGCACUACAAGAAUGCCGUUUACUUCAAAUUAUGGUAAAAAUGUAUUGUCGUCAAGAAAAUAACAGUGAUAAUAGUGCGCUUAAUUAUUUAUCGGUCUACAAAGACGUGUUAAAGCCAUCGUCUUCAUAUAAUCUGCACUACAGGAAUGCCGUUUACUUCACAUUAUGGCAGUUCGCGAAGGUAGGUUUAUUGACAGGAAUUUGACAGUUAUCUCAACGAAAAAAUGCCUGUUGAUAUUGGUAAAGUAUAUUGACAGCAUUGAGAUGCAUGACAGUCCUGGGAGUAUAGCGCACUUACACGGUACUUGAAAGGAGAGUUUACUUACAUAAGAAUACUCGUACUUGACUUUCAUAUUGUUAACAAUACGUUUUUGAUGUUUUUUUUGAGUAUAAUCUUAGGUGAACACUUUUAAGAUGUACAUUUUCUGUGCAUAAUUUGAAAUAGUCACUGUACGGAAAGUACAAAGUAUGAUAAUUGAAACAAAAAAAAAAUACUGAAAUCCCAUCGAAAGCGUCCCUUUUAUCCAAUUUUAUAUUGUUUGGCAUGCAUUGUAAGACAUUGAAGUGGUAUCCUAGAGCUUUUUACUAUUGUCUCUUUCGAAAUAUGCUGAUCUUGCAUCACUUAAUCUUUUCUCGUUAUGAAACUUAAAAGUUGUGAUUCUUUUCGAUUAUGAAUAUGAUUCUCAUGUAUUAAAAGUACGUAUUUUUGAUAACUGUAUUUUUUAUAUUAUUUAAACGACUUAUUUAUUUAGGUUAGGUCUGCUUGCGUUUCAGUUGAAGACGAAUGCUUCGACUUUUUUUAAGCUGAUUCUGAAAUUUUGGAAUAUUUUAUAUAUGUUUGCUGCAUUUAGAAAUUAAUUCGUAGUGUUUGUUAGAGAACUUGUAUAAAUUGUAAAGAUAUAAAGACAUUUGCAUCGCUCAAUUUGUCCUUAGGCUACAAGAAGAUUUUAUGUAAGCUGAACAUAGUUCUGGAAAAGAAAAAUGUAAUUGAAAAUAUUUGAAUGUUUGUAGGCUAGUUCUUUGCAAAAGGUCAUUUGCAAUCUAUAGAACUAGGUUAUGUAUUUGAGUGUAAG